AUGCCUACGGACCGUGGGGCCAGCGCCCGCAGCGCCCUGGCGUCAGGGGAGGAGGUGCUGUUCGGGAGGACGGAGGUGCAUAGGAGCUUCACGAACCUUGCGCUGCUCGACCAGGAAGCGGAGGGCGGCACGGCGCAGCCACCUCCCCCGCGGGCUUACACUGUCGAGGAGUCGACGCUUCGGUGUCCCAUCUGCAUGUCCGUCGUCCAGGAGCCCUUCAGCACGCCCUGCGGCCACUGCUUCUGCCACGGGUGUCUGUCACGGCACCUGUCCACGGCGAGCAACUGCCCGACGUGCCGGUCGCCGAUCGACGCGCUCUCCGUGUACCCGAACUUCAUGGUCGAGAACCUCUUGAAGAUGGCGACGGUGUCGGAUCCCGGCGCCACGUCGCAGCCGCCCGCCGAGCGCCUGCGCGCUCUGCUACGCGAACCUAGGGCCAAGUUCUCCGCGACCGACAUCGAGGACGCCAUUCGUCUGCUGUCGCGCCACCAGCACCGAUCGGAGGCGCGGCACGAGGCGAUCGCGCUGCGGCUGGUGCUGGCCACCCUGCAGGCCCUCCUGGUGUCGAAACGGACGCAAAUCGCGGACAUCGAGCGCGACAUCGCCGAGCUCGACAGCGACAGCGACGUCACACGUCGGAGAUACGAUGCGCUCCAGCAGACCCUGCUGUCGACUGCGCCGGGGACGCAGGCGCAGCAGGCGACGCUGCCCGGGAGCAAGGGGAGGCCGAACCCGGCGGGGGUCGCGCAGAGACGGAUCGAGGAGAAUCUUCCGCUCCUGUCCAAGGUUUACGCGCAGCUGCGGCUCGGAGAGCGCGAGGGCGACGGUGCUGCGUCGCCGUCAGCGCCAGCGGGCGCCAGCCCAGUGCUCGGUGCAGGCGGCAGCGGCCGCCCCCCGCGCGGCACGCUCAAGCAGUUCGCGGACGUCCUGGACGGGUUCUGCCGCUACACGUCUCUACGCGUCGUCGGCCGGGCUCAGGGUCCGCCAGCGGAGGUGGGUCCGCCUGUAGUGUCGGGGGUGGCGUUUGACCCUGCAGGCGCGCACUUCGCGAUCGCAGGGGCCGCGCGCUUCCUGGAGAUCCGCCGGCUGCAGGACAUGUUUCCUGAGGACGGCGAAUCGCGGCUCAGCGCGAACCCCCUGCCGCUGCUGGUGUACCCGUGGCACUCGAAGCUCUGCGGGCUGUCGUGGAGCCCGCUCGACGGCUCGCUGGUGGUGGCGAGCGACCACUCCGGGUCCGUCAUGGCGUGGGACCUUGGCACGGGGGAGGGGCCGCCGGCGUGGCGCGUGGAGGCGCACGAGCGCCGCGCGUGGUCGGUACACUGCAACCCCCAUGACGCACGCCUGGUGCUCUCCGGGUCCGACGACGGCAAGGUCCGUAUGUCGUCGGUGCGCGACGCGAUGCCGAUCGUGUCGAUGAACGCGGGCACCAACGUGUGCAGCGUCCGCUGGAACCCCGUCGAGUCCAACAUCGUCGCGGCGGGGUGCUCGAACCGCACCGUGUGCAUCUUCGACAUCCGCAGCCCCGCGGCGCCGCUGCGCGUCCUCACGGGCCACAAGAAGGCCGUGUCCUACGUCAGCUUCUUGUCCGCCUCGGAGCUGGUGUCUUCUUCCACCGACUCCACCAUCGCGCUGUGGAGCCUUGACGCGAAGGGCGGGGGCGCGUCGCAGCCGCGCGUGCGCAUGCAGGGCCACGCGAACACCAGGCACUUCGUGGGGCUGGCGGUGGAGCAGGACUGGGUGGUCACGGGCGGGGAGAACAUGGAGGUGUCGGUGUAUCACAAGGAGCUGCCGGCGAGCGUGGCGCGGGCGGCGGUGUCGACGGGGGAGAACCGCGCGGCGGGCGGGACCACCGGGGCGUUCGUGUCGGCUGUCUCCUGGGCGCCCGGGAGCGACGUCAUUGUCGCCGGAACGUCCCUGGGCGGCAUCUACGCGCUGAAACUGAGCUGA